AUGCUGGGCAGGAAUAUGAUGAAAAAGCGUGAAGGUUGUAUCAUCAAUGUAGCUUCACUGCUGGGCCUGAAAGGAGGGAAGGGGAGUGCGGCGUAUGCAGCAAGUAAAGCUGGAGUCAUCGCCUUGACGAGAGCAUUGGCAGCAGAGCUGGGAGAGAAGAACGUUCGAGUAAAUGUCAUUGUACCAGGCUACGUAGAAACGAGUAUGACGAGAGGUACAGUCAUGACGCCAGAUGCACACUCUGCAGCCCUAAACGCCAUACCCCUUAAGCGGUUUGGGCUGCCUUCAGAAAUUGCAGAUGCCGCAGUGUUUCUGGCCACAAACAAAUACGCAAGUAAUUGCGUCCUAAACCUUGAUGGUGGAUUGAGUGCCACAUAA